GGAGGAGGAGGAGGACGAGAAGCAGAAAGAGGAGGAAGGAGAAAAGGAGGAGGAGGUUCCUCUCAACGUGGAAUGACAAUAAAGGGGUGCCGUACCAACGUCCGGCGUGUCCUCCUAUUAUGCACGCGCUGGAUUUGAGUCUACGAAACACCUCGAAACUUUUAUUCCCCAUUGGGAUGGCAGUUGGCAUACUGACGGAUAUCGCUACGAGAUUGGUGAUCGCCGGUUAUAUACUUGCGGUCGUCCUCGUGUGCGUUCACGCCAGUAACAACUGGGACAAGGACGACGAUUUAGUUGCAACCUUCGAAGUGAGCGCCGUUCUUGGGCGUACCGCCAGCUUGCCUUGUGACAUUGAACCGUCCACGCGAGAAGAUCGCGUUUAUAUGGUGCUAUGGUUCCGAGAUUAUGCAGUGAAGCCGAUAUACAGCUUUGACGUACGAGGAAGAGCUUUCAACAAAGCUCUAAAUUGGUCAGAUAGCAAUGCAGUAGGACCCAGAGCUUAUUUUGUGACAGUCACAAAACCAGCUGCUCUAUCUUUAGAAGCUGUUCAAUUGGACGACGAAGGAAUAUAUAGGUGUCGAGUCGAUUUCAAAAAAUCACCGACGAGAAACUUUCAAGUGAAUCUAACAGUUAUUGUUCCACCACAUCAACUUCUUAUUUACGACAGUUCUGGAGUGGAAGUAGAUAAGACUGCUGGUCCUUUUCAAGUUGGUAUGGAAUUUGGUCUCUCCUGUGAAGUAAGAGGAGGAAAACCAACUCCAAUCGUAAGCUGGUUAGUAAACGAGAAGGAAGUAGAUGGAAAAUUAGAAGAAAUAGGACAAAAUAUUGUUGUUAGCAAAUUGACUGUACCUCAAUUACGAAGGGAACAUCGUAACACCAUGUACAAAUGUCGAGCUGCCAACACAAAUCUGAUACCUCCUUUGGAAAAGAGCGUCCUUUUAGAUAUUUACUUAAAGCCUCUGUCUGUAAAAAUAUUGUCAAAACUAUCAGUCCUAGAAACAGACAAGAAUUACUCUAUAGGCUGUGAAACUGCGGGAUCACAUCCUCGAGCAAGAGUUACAUGGUUGAAAGGAAACAUUCCCUUUCGGAAAGCCAAGAUAUUGGACGAUGGUAACUCUUCGGUAGUGUUAAGUACGUUAAUAUUCAGUCCCAUACCAGAUGACAAUUCUCAAAUUCUCAAAUGUCGAGGUGAAAAUCCUGAAUUACCUAGUGCAUAUUUAGAAGAUUUUUUCCAAUUAAAUGUUGUUUUUCCACCAAAAGUUCAGUUACAUCUGGGAAGUACAUUGAAAGCAGAAAAUAUAAAAGAAGGUGAUGACGUUUACUUUGAAUGCAAAGUUCGAGCCAAUCCAGAACAUCAUAAAAUAACAUGGAGACAUAAUGGUGCAGUAUUAACUCAAAAUUAUUCGGCUGGAAUAAUAAUGAGUACACAGAGUCUAGUACUUCAAAGUAUAGGACGUGAUAAUGCAGGGAAUUAUACGUGCCUUGCCAGUAAUGAUCGUGGAGAAACUACAAGCCCUGUUGUUCCUUUACGAAUACAAUUCGCACCUGUUUGUAAAACAAAUCCUACAGUUAUUGGAGCAUCAUUGGAAGAAUCAGUAAAGGUUCGAUGCGAAGUAGAUGCGGAUCCUAACGAAGUAGAUUUUGUUUGGGAAUUUAAUAAUAGCGGUGAAAAUUUUGAAGUAGCCCCUGCAAAAUUAGAUAGCAACAAUGGUACCAUGAGCGAACUGAUUUAUACACCAGUUUCUGAAAGAGAUUAUGGAGCUUUAACAUGUUGGGGUAGGAAUGCGAUUGGUAAACAAGAAACACCAUGCACGUAUCAUGUCAUUCCUGCAGCGAAGCCAAGUCCUUUAAACAAUUGUACUAUAAAAGCAUCGUUAAAUCAAAGUUCAGAGAUAUUAGAAGUCGAAUGUGUACCAGGAUAUAAUGGUGGACUUCCUCAAGAAUUUCGUUUGGAGGCUUACGAAGUACCAUCUGGUUACUUACGCCUCAAUGUGUCUAGCAUAUCUAUCGACCUUCCAAUAUUUCGAAUAGCAGUUGCAGAUCUAUUACCUGCGACACACUUUUAUUUAGUUGCAUAUGCUGUAAAUGCUAAAGGUCGAAGUGAAGUGUUUUUAUUGGAAGAUAUUAUGUUAAGAGAUUCGGAAAAACAUACAGAUAGUGGAGUUAGUAUGAUUCCAUUAAUUUUAGUACUUAUCGGAUGUCUAAUGGCUUGUCUAAUAGCAGUACUUUUUGUAAUGGUGAUGGUAUACCGACGUCGAGGUAGCACAUCACCAGCACACAUUGAGCCAUACAUGAAACAACCGAUUAUAACUCCCCCAGAUUCGAGAAAUAACUCAAUGCUUGAUGUUACUCAUGGGGACCAUACCUAUUUUGUUGAAUACACUUUAAAACAGGUUACUGAUUAUGCACUUAAUAAACAACCUGAUAUUAUACAAUCACCACAAGAUCAAGAAAAAAUGAAACGUGAACCACAAUUAUUUUUACCAGUAAGACCAGACACAUUGUUUGCGCCAUACGAUAUUCACAAACAAGGCCUUCAAACAAACAGAUGUAACUUAAAUCCAUUUUCCACAAGACCCUGGGAACCGAUCAGUUUUAAAGCAGAUCGUAACUUGAUGAAAGAAAUUAUUAUUGCAAAUUCUAUACCUGGUCCAGAAAGUUGUGUGUAAAAUCUUUCAGAUAGAUGGGACAAACAUAUCAAGAUGGCCAAUUUCAUAGCCUAAAGAAUCAUUCAAACAUAUUGACGAGGAAUCACAUGUCAUCGAAUCGCGAAAAAGAUAUCUUCUAAUGAAAUGAAUUACAAAGCGAUUUGUGGAUAUUGAAAUAAUUAAUGAAGAACAUCAAAAUGACUAAUCGCAUAAUUUAACUAAACGCUACACGUGAUGUAUUAUUCCAAGUCUAAUAUAUUUUGUGUCAAGUCUUGCAA